AUURAGAUUUGCUGCCACCAAAACACUGAUGGCUGGUGAUGGCUGGUCAUAUUUUAGAGAGAACGCUGAAAAGCGUCUUUAAAUUUAAUGAUUUUAAGUCGAAUUUACAAAGAAAUGCAAUAAGAACAAUUCAUGAAGGCAAAAAAGAUGUUUUUAUAUCAAUGCCAACAGGGUCUGGGAAGUCCCUUUGUUACCAACUCCCAGCUGUGGUAGCCCYAGGAAUUACAGUUGUUUUCUCCCCACUCAUUGCUCUCAUUCAAGACCAAGUUUCAACUCUCCAAGGCUUGAAAAUAAAUGUAGAAACUCUCAAUUCCAAAAUCCCAGAAAGUGACCGCAAAAGAAUCACAACAGAUCUCUUCACAUUCAACCCCAAAACAAAGCUUCUUUAUGUCACGCCUGAGCUUGCAGCCACUCCAGGAUUUCAGAAGAUCUUAGCUUCUCUUCAUAAGAGAGAUUUAUUGUCUUAUUUUGCUGUGGAUGAGGCUCACUGUGUGUCUCAAUGGGGACAUGAUUUCCGACCUGAUUAUCUCAAACUAGGGAAACUUAAGGAGAUAUUUCCUGGGGUUUCUUGGAUUGCAUUGACUGCUACUGCUACYCCAAGGGUUAAGGAYGAUAUAUUGACAUCACUGGCUUUUGACCCAGUAAACACUGAAGUGUUUAAAACUCAAUGUCACAGACCAAAUCUUUUUUAUGAUGUAAGUUUCAAGGAGCUUCUAGAGGAGCCUUAUGAGGAUUUGAAAUCUUUUGCUGAUUCAGCAUUAAGUGAGGAUCAUGKCAAGGGAAGUGGUAUUGUGUACUGUAGGACAAGAGAUGCUUGUGUUGAAGUUGCAUCAAGACUAUCAAGAAAAGGACUACUUUCUAAACCAUACCAUGCAGGCCUCAAAAAUGGGAAAAGAGAAGAAGUCCAACAAGAAUGGAUGGAUGGGAAAGUUGCCGUCAUUUGUGCCACUAUCAGCUUUGGUAUGGGUGUAGACAAAGCCAAUGUUAGGUUUAUAGCUCAUUGGAACCUGCCUCARUCAAUGGAAGGGUACUACCAGGAGUCUGGCAGGGCUGGCAGAGACRGCAAACAAGCCUACUGUAGAUUGUAUUAUUCCAGGUCUGAUAGGGAUCAAGUUUGCUUUCUUGUUAAGAACAGUAUGAAGAAAAGAGAGGAAAAGGUCAAUUCCAGUAUCAAAAACAAAGCAGUAGAAGCAAGUUUUAAUGCUAUGGUGAAAUACUGCGAAGAACCCAGUUGUAGACACAGUAAGAUUGCAUCAUAUUUUGGAGACAGAAAGCCCGAGUGCAAGAAAGGAUGUGAUAUCUGCAAGAAUCCGAAGUUUGUGAGCUGUCAGCUUGAGAUGUGGCGUAGAGGAGUGUUCGCUGGUAAAAACAGACAACAAGCAAGGUCAAGCACUUAUAUCAGUCAUGAUCCAAUCAAAGGUGACGACCCAGAGCUGUAUGGUGGAGGCAGACAUGGCUAUGAAGUCAAACAUUUUGARGACGACGAAGGCGACAGCGAUAAAAGUUCAGAAGCAGAAGACGACGGAAAGGACUUCAGACAAAAUCUUAUCAAAAGUGAGUUCAAGAAGAGAAGCCGUCGGCCGUCAUCUCGAAGCCAAUCCACCACCGAACCGGAAGCACCAACCUGGGACUGCCCCCUUAAGGAGGCUUCCAACUUUACCCACAUCAGAGGCUUGUCGGUGAAAGCGCGCCAGCAUUGUUUGAACAUAAUAGAAUCUGCGCUGAAAGACAAUGCCAGGGAAUGUGGUAUUGUCAGUGAGCUCAAUGUGCUUCUUCACCAAGCUGAACGUAAAGCCAUUGAUUUAGAAUACGACGUUUUCCUCAAAAGUAAAAUCCACACUACAUAUCGGGCUAAUUGUAUMAAGAAAGCAAAUGAAAUCAAGGAGAGUACAAAGAAGGGAAUUGAGUAUGAUACAGGGAAGAGCACGGAGUCUCCUAUUAAGAAAGAACUUGUACAUCCAAGACUUAUUGCUGAGGACACUAUAUAUGCUGAUGAAGAUGAAAUAGAUGAUGAUGAUGAUAUAUUUUGCAUGCUUCAUCCAAAUGAACAGCCAGUUAAAAAAGAACCAACUUCUGAUAAAAGUGUGAUUAAAAGUAAGAAACGRACAGGAAGACCGUCUCCAUUUGUUUCAGCUCUUGAGCUGCAUAACUCUGGAUCGGACGUUGAGCGCUUAAGUGACAACAGUCGUAAAGACAGCGAAUCAGAUUUUGACAGAAAACAAUGUGCUAAAAAGAAAAAAGGAGCUUUUGUCACAGCUAGACACAUGCUAUCAAGCRCAUCYACAACCUCAGMAAAAASCCUUUCAAAAUCUCCCAAAAAGGAAAAGGUUGGACAAGCACGGAAAAACAUYGGGAAAGCUUCGGAAAGUAUUCGGACCUCAAAAGAGGAAUCGAAACAUCWUAAGUCCAAGACAUGGCCGUCUCAGCGGGUUAAAAGUGAGGUUGAAGCAAAUGAUUCCUCUAGACAUGAGAAGACGCGGAGGAAACCUUCAGAGGAGAAAUCUAAGCUACGAACCAAGCGUAAAAACAAAGUAAAAUCUKCAUCUAUUACAAGUUUUUUUAAACGAGAUACCAAAGAUGACGACAAAUCAGAAUUGGUGUCAGAAGUGGGACAGGAAUCCCCUAUGUUAGAAACCUGGUCGGGCAGCCCUUCAGCGCUAUCACCUCUACCAUUACCAAUGUUCACAGACCCAACUCAUGGGGGAGGGGUAGUACCAAACUUUUCAGCAGGGGAUACGUCUUUCAGCGCGUUGGUACGUAAGCGUUUUCUCGACGGCGGAGAUUCAAGUAAUUGCGGUUCUUCAUUCAAAAAACCCAAACUCAACUCCAAGCACGAUGUUCCACAGUUCAUUGACUUAAGUACAGAUGCUCUUGGAGAAGACAUUUAUAGCGAUGAAUUCGUUGAAGACGAAUUGAAUAGUGCUAGUAAUCUCAAACGUGAAAAAUUCGAGAACUCCUCGGAAUUUGUUCGAACGCUUGACAUGGCUUCAACAACAGAUGAACAUUUCAGAAGUGAAUCAUCGGAAGGGGUUCGGACGUCGGAAACUGUAUCGUUUGUAGAUGAAGAUCUGGAUAAAUCAUCGGAAGUUGUGAUGACGUCGAAACCAGUACCGAAGAUAAGUACAAAUGUCGGGAAAUCGUCGGGAUUAUUUCGGGCUUCCGAAAGUGAACCGGCAAAGGUCAGCACUGAAAAAGAGAUGCAUGAUAGGGUGGAUCACAAGCAAAGGAUAACAAGCAUAGUURCAACUAGUGAUGUUAAAGAUUUGAAGAAAUCCCCGGCAACAGAAAUCCAGAAACAAUCUACGUUUGAAUAUGAUUUUCUACCRAGUGCAAUAUCUGCACCUUCAGCUCAAGUGCCGCUAUCGUCUAAGCAUGCCAAAACCAAAACGAAGUCACCAAAGGGACAUGUCAAGCAAGUGGCAAACGUUGUGGUCAAGUAUUUGAGUCCGUACCUAAGUGAUGGCCGUAUAACYACCAAGGAACUCUUCAAGUCAUUAGCCAGGAAUGUCACGCACAGCGUCGUCGAGUCAAGUUCAAAGUUGCAAGAAAAAGAUUUAAAAAACAUCGUCAAACUAACCAUAAAGAAGCUAUUUGCGCACUGCAAAACGUACAGCAGCGAUGACAUGUGGGAGGCAUUUAACCGAGUCUAGAAGAAGCCCUUAAAAUUAGGCUACAUGUGUAAGACCGUGUAUUGGAGCCACUUCUACCACAGGAAGAUCAAAAGAGCAAAUAUUUCAAGUGUUGCUUGUCGAGUAAUUUAUUCACUCCAAACGUAUAAGGACAUGUGGGUAUGAAUUGCCAAUGCAUGUAUUUGUGAGAAUCCAAUUCUAUAGAUCUUUUCGCGGUAAAAACCAAAGUGAGCAACAUAUUUUUUUCAUCCCAUAAAUGACCAAAGAGUGACAAGUCAAGAAUUAAAAUUACUGAAUGUGGUCACCAACAAAAAAUAUAUUUCUGACGUUGCAAAAAGAUAAACAAGGAAAAUUUUCGGAUUGUUGCCCUAACUUGCUUCGCUUUGGUGCAAAACCACAGGCCAGGUCCCUCGCACAACCACGAAAAGAGCUAUAUGUUUUUUUUAAAAACAUUAAAAAAAUACCGGGCGUUUCUCCGUGGAAAGCACCCAUAUCGCACCUUGAAUAUUGUUGACUUUUACAGACUUUUUGCAAAGCGUUGUAUACAAUWGUCUACUUUAGAUAUUUUGGUUCAGUGACCAUGCAYAAMAGAAUUGCAGACGAGGCUCCGGGGAAAUAAAAGAAUAAAUCAAGAUUAUCCAUUGUUUCCCCGGAGCCUCGUGUGCGUUCUUUUGUACAUAGUCAUCGAACCAAAAUAUCUAAAGUUGACUAUUCGGGUUAAUUAUCAGUAUCACAGUACAGCAAGAAAUUGAAAAAAGAGAAUUAUUAUUGUUAUAGGAAGUACAUUGUUUAUGAAUGCACUAAGGGAAGAAAAGAGUUACUUUUCUACAAAAUAUUCUGUAAAAAAGUUGAUGUUCUGUGAAUUAUUUAAUUCAAAAAUAUUGGAUAUUUAUUGUAAAUGGAAAAAUAGUACCAAUUAUGAACUAUUGAGAAUUAAUUGUAUCUAUUAUAUA